AUGCCUUGUUCUUUGAUUGUGAAGUUGCAACAAACAGUCAGUGUCGAUACUACAUUUGGCAAACGGAAACAUUUGAUUAAAACAUUGUAUGCACAAUCAUUGUUAAGUGAUUCAAUUAGUUUUGGUGCUGGUUUGUAUAAUAUCAGUGAUUGUUGCCAAUUACCAUUAGUGGUGAAUUACAAAGGGUCAGAGGAGACCUUAAGGAGACCCCAGGGGUCGCAGUUGAGUCAAUCGUCUUCUAACCCGGAUCCCUGGAGGCGUUGCGACGUCAGUCCAGAUCAAUCGCGGCCCGACGAGGCCGCAAAGUCAAGUUCUGCGAAUGGACGGAUCAUGACCGUGGCAUUUCCAAUAUCGAAAGCGCGGGGGAGGAUGAAAACGAAGCCGCCGAGGAUUGUGAUGCUGACGAUUGCGAAGAUGACGACUUAGGCGAAUCCUGUGAGACUGUGGACGGCGAACAAUGGGAUGCCAGCAAGGACGAAAACGAUAGCUUGGCAUCUUUGCCCAUG